AUGGACACCAAAUCAUCACCCCUUAACCAUCAUCAUGUCGGCCAUGCAGAAUCCCCAAGCAAACCCCCCAGCCACCCCGAGAAACCACCGCCACCCAACGAAGACAUCCAACACUUCCGCUCUCAAUCCCCAGAAUGGCACGCCUCCUUCGAACGAACCCUCGUCCGCAAAAUCGACCUCCGCCUCCUCCCCUGCCUAAUCCUCAUGUACCUCCUCAACUUCCUCGACCGCGCCAACCUCGCCCAAGCCCGGCAGGGAACCUUGGAGGCAGACCUCGGCAUGUCAGGCACCGACUUCAACUUCGCCACGUCCAUCUUCUUCGUCUCCUACCUCGUCUUCCAGCUGCCGUCGAACCUCCUCAUAACAAGAGUCAGGCCGAGCAUUUACCUGACGGGGGCUAUGUGCCUCUGGGGGGCCGUCUCUGCCUGCAGCGGUGCGACCAAGAGCUUUGCGCAGUUGGUGGUGGUGAGGAUUUUGCUGGGUUUUGUCGAGGCGCCGUUUUUCCCGGGGGCCGUGUUCUUGAUGAGCAGUUGGUAUACGAGGGCUGAAUUGACGAGGAGGAUGUCGUACUUUUACUCAGGGAAUGCGUUGGCGAACAUGUUUGGGGGGCUGAUAGGAGCAGCUGUUUUGGGAAAGAUGGAGGGUGCUCAGGGGAUUGCUGGGUGGAGGUGGUUGUUUAUUAUCGAGGGUGUUAUUACCAUCGCGGUUGCUCUGAUAGCCAUGUGGGUGUUGCCCGACUACCCAAGCACGACGCGCUGGUUGAGUCCACAAGAACGAGAGUACGCUUCAUGGAGACUUCUGGCCGACAUCAACGAGUCCGACGACCAAAGGGCCAAGACGGUCUGGCAAGGCACCAAGCUCGCAUUACUAGACUACCGGCUCUAUCUGUUUGUCCUGCUGCAGCAUCUCAGCUUACUGUCGCAGACAUUCCAGUAUUUCUUCCCCAGCAUUGUUGGAACACUAGGCUACGGAAAGAUCGAAACGCUUUGGCUGACGGCCCCUGUCUGGUUCGCCACAUUUUUGAUUUCGGUAUGCGUUACCUGGACGUCGGCUCGGACAAAGGAUCGAUCACUCCACAUUUUUGGUCUGAUGCUGGUAUCAGCGGUGGGCAACGCGAUUGCUACUGGUACGACAGUCACCGGGGCAAGGUUCUUUGCCAUGUUUCUGAUGCCCAUGGGGGCCGUUUCUGCUUAUCAAAUCAUCCUGUCAUGGAUUGCCAACUCGUUCCCCCGUCCCAUGGUCAAGCGCGGCGCAGCGGUGGCCAUCGCCAACAUGGUGGGCAAUACGGCUAGUAUCUACGGCUCGUACAUGUACCCUCAAACGGCGGCACCGCAAUACACCCCCGGAGGGAGCGCGAACUCGGCUAUUUGUUUGCUUGUUGGUCUGUUGGCGAUUGUGUUACGGUAUUUCCACAAGUGGGAGAACACAAAGCUUGAAAAGGCUGAAAGGCAGAGGGCAGAGAAUGCUGAAGCGGGUGCUGUGUCGGAUUCCUCUGUGGGGGAUAUCAGGGCUGAUGGGUUUAGGUAUGUUUAUUAA